UUUGAUCAUUUCACACUCCGCGUCGAAUAUACACGACCUAUCUGACUGUCGCUUUGUUUAUACGUCAUCACCAACCUGAAGAAACAUGGCGGCCAUCGGAGCUUUCCUUAAAAAUGCCUGGAAUAAGGAACCUGUUAUCACAGCCUCCUGUGGGAUCGGGUUAUUAGCGAUUAUAUUUCCAUUCGUGAGCCCCUACACUAAGUAUUCUGGCAUGAUAAACAGAGCAACGCCAUACAACUAUCCAGUCCCAGUCCGAGACGAUGGAAACAUGCCAGAUGUCCCCAGUCACCCGACUGACGCUCAGGGCCCUAACCUGGAAUGGCUGAAGAACCUAUGAGGUUCCUGACAUACUGACUCUGUAUAGACCACAUGCCCCCCCCCCGCUAAAUGUUUGUGACUGGGUGAUACUGAAUAAAGUUCCUGUUAUUUAAAUACA